AUGGCCUCCCAGUUGAAUCUUUCAGGAGUUCCAGGUAUCAAUUUUUCUUGUGAUAUUAUAAACGAACAAAUAGCUGACAAUCAAUUUGAAAUUGACAAAGAUUUGGCAGAAGAGAGUCAAGAGACCUUUGUCUUGGCAAAUGUUGUAAAUGCAGCCCCUGACGAGGACGAUUGUCAACAAGAUUUUGUUGAGUUUGAACCUGGCAUAUUCAUCGAGGAAAUAAGACAAUUGCCUUUUCUAUGGAAUACCUCCCUUGCAGUAUACAAAGAUAGAAAAAUCAAAGCGAAUGCUUGGAAUAGACUUUCGGUCAUGUUCCGUAAAGAAGGCGAGUGUCUUAAUUAAUUUAUAUAUAUAUAUAUACUUAAGCUUUGAGCGAGGUCAUUGAAACCAUUUCUGCAUAUUUUUAAGCCAUAUAAACCUGCAUCUAGGAGACUUGCCAUAUUGGCCGAAGAUGAAUCGAAUAAGAGUUUUAACAAGUGAAACUAUAGUUUUAGUGAUUUUAAACAUUUCAUGGUAUAACAUUGUAAAUGGGAGACAAGUGUGAAGUGUGCUUUAUGGUAGUCAGAAACCCUAUCAUGCCAAAACAGGCUUAAACAGCCUUUAACAUGUUUAUAUUUUUAUAUGGUCAUAUUUUUAUAUGGUCAUAUUUUUAUAUGGUCAUAUGGACAUGGUCAUAUUAAAAUACAUGUCGAUUUUUUUAUAUAGUUGAAUCCCUAAAGACCCAGUUCAAGUAUUUGAGGGAUAAUUUGAAAAGAUGCUUGGACAGACAGGCCAGGGCAACAAAGUUGGGCGCUGCAGCAUCCAAGGUUUCAAUGUGCAAGUAUUAUAAUGAACUUGCAUUUCUUUGUGACAAGACAGCCAACAAGCCCACACAAAGCAAUGUUAACAUAAUUACGAUCCCUGAUGAAAGAGUGGAUGUCCAAUCAUCCACUAGCAAACAUACACAAGAGAUCAUAACCCAAGUUGGAACAAAAAGAAAUUGUCAGGAGGUGGUUGAUAAUAGCCCCAUCAACAUGAAGUCUAGAAAAUCUGCUAAGGAGAGAGCUGAGAUUGGUUUUGCUGUUGAUACCAUGCUAGUGAAAACACUAAAGGACAUGGAGAAACCAAACAUUCCUGCAGUAAGUGAAACAACAGAUGCAGAUACUCUAUUUUGUAAAAGUAUUAUUCCCAUUUUGAAGGGGCUUCCUGCCAAAAAAAAUAGACAAGCCAAACUUAAGAUUCAGCAAGUGUUGUAUGACCUAGAAUUUGGGGAAUCAGAUUAG